UGGCAGCCGCGGCGAAGGGAGACGACUUGCUCGUCCCCGCUGCCUCUCUCUCUCUCCCCGAGCGCCUUUUCAAAAGGAGCGGCGGGAGCACAAACAGGGCGCGCGGGCAUCAAAAGCCCCGGGCUAUGCGCGGCCAGGAAAACCCUUAAGUUUCCAAAGAGCGCCAAGAUGAGAAGAUCGCUCUGCGCCCGAGAGGCAGAGAUACUCCCCGCAGCCGCCGGGUUAGGAGAUGCCGGGUUGGCAACGCGGUGCUGGAGCUGAUGAGCUUGUUGUAACCUAGCUGGCCCUGGGCAGGUGUUGGCCGGCGCUCUGGCGGAGGAAGAUGAGCGUGAUGCUGUGGCGCUGGGAGCACAACAACCUGACCAUGAAAUUGAUUUAUACAGAUUGGGCCAAUCAUUAUCUAGCAAAAUCUGGCCAUAAACGUUUGAUAAAAGAUCUGCAGCAAGAUGUAACCGAUGGAGUUUUACUGGCUGAAAUCAUCCAGGUGGUAGCAAAUGAGAAGAUUGAAGACAUCAAUGGCUGUCCAAAGAACAGAUCUCAAAUGAUUGAAAACAUAGAUGUGUGCCUGAGUUUUCUGGCUGCUAAAGGAAUAAACAUACAGGGACUAUCUGCAGAAGAGAUCAGGAAUGGGAAUUUAAAGGCUAUCCUGGGCCUCUUCUUCAGCCUAUCGCGUUAUAAGCAGCAGCAACAGCAGUCCCCAAAGCAACAUUCAGACCACUCUCCAUCCCAGCAACCGCCCACCUCAUCCCAGCAAGCAAGCUCUCCGUCCCCCAGCCAGGUGGGACUACCUGACCAGCAGUUACAACCACAACCACUGGUGCCAGCUUCGCCUCAGACUCAGUGCCAACAUCCCCAGCAAGCAGCACAGCUUCAGUUAAAAGCACAACCAGAAAUGCAGUCCAGGCUUCCAGGUCCUACCACGAGGGUUUCAGCUGCAGGCAGCGAAAUAAAAACCCGUGGCCCAGCAAGUGCUAACAAUCGGCGCAGCCAGAGCUUUAACAACUAUGAUAAAUCCAAGCCCACAAGCCCACCUUCCCUUCUGGCAAGUAGCAGUGAGAAAGAACCAGCAGACAGUUUAGAUCCCCAACCCACAGGAAUGAAUGAAAAUGCAACUUCUUUGGUUCAAAGCAGCAGUAGCAACAAUGCAGCCAGUUGCAAUAAUUCUUCAGCCAUCCCCCAGCCCAAUUCUGCAGUUAAACCUUGGCGCAGCAAAUCAUUAAGUGCUAAGCACACAACCACAACAUCCACAUUAACUGUAAAACAGCAGGUUCAGGAGCCUCCCAAACCCGUCCCAGAGAUGGUCAAAACUACUCCCAAUGGUCAGAAAUCAAUGCUGGAGAAGUUGAAACUAUUCAAUACAAAAGGGGGUUCCAAAGCAGUAGGGUCAUCUCUUGAAUGUCCGGGGUCUCGGGACACUAGUUGUGAAAGAUUAGAAGGCCUCUCAAACUUUGAUGAAAGUGAGGAGAUGGAGGCUGCAAAUCGGAACUUAAACACCACAGGACCCACAUCAAAUAGUCCCAAAAUUGCACUUAAGGGAAUUGCACAACGGACAUUUAGUCGGGCUCUGACCAAUAAAAAGAGUUCCCCAAAGGGCAAUGAAAAAGAAAAAGAGAAACAAAAAGAAAAAGAAAAGGAGAAGGAAAAAGAAAAGGAAAAGGAAAAGGAGAAAGAAAAGGAAAAAAACAAAGAUGUGGCCAAGAGAACAUCUGUGAUAGAAAAAGCUGAUGUGAAAGAAGAGCUGAAAGAAGAACAGGUUCCUCCUGCUGUAAACGAAAUGCCAAAAAAAUCCUCCAAGAUUGCAAGCUUUAUCCCAAAAGGAGGAAAGCUCAACAGUGCCAAGAAAGAAGCAGCUGCCCCUUCACAUAGUGGAAUACCAAAACCAGGGAUGAAAAACACCACAGGGAAAUCCUCAAGUGCCCCAAGUUGUUCUGCCAAGGAAGGUGAAAGAAGCCGAAGCGCAAAGCCAGCUUCCAGCCUCUCUCAUCCAAAAGCACAGCUAGAUUGCAAGAAUUCAAGUUCUACGUCAAGUUUAGCCUCCACUGAUGGGAGAGGAAUGGGAGGUUGGUCAGCUUUAAGUUCCAGCAGCAGCAGCCAUGCUGUCAAUGGGCCAACUAAUAGUACCACCCAGACAACAGGAAGCAAUACUGUGAGUGUUCAGCUACCUCAUCCGCAACAGCAAUACAGCCAUCCAAAUACCGCCACAGUAGCUCCGUUCAUGUACAGAUCUCAGACAGACAAUGAGGGAAACAUAACAGCAGAGUCCAGUACUGGAGGAGGAAGCACAAACAUGGAAUCUGCUCCCUGCACAAAAACUGGACAACCUAUUUUAGAAGAUCUUUCUGCAGAAGAUCCAGAAACGCGCAGGUUACGAACUGUCAAGAAUAUAGCUGACCUUCGGCAAAACCUAGAAGAGACCAUGUCUAGUUUACGAGGAACUCAGGUGUCCCAUAGCACCCUGGAGACCACCUUUGAUACCAAUGUCACCACUGAAAUAAGCGGACGCAGCAUCCUCAGUUUGACUGGUAGGCCCACACCCUUAUCUUGGAGACUUGGGCAGUCCAGUCCCCGCCUCCAGGCAGGUGAUGCUCCAUCAGUAGGUAAUGGGUAUCCUCCAAGAGCCAAUGCCAGCCGAUUCAUCAAUGCAGAACCAGGACGUUACAUGUAUUCAGCACCAUUGAGAAGACAGCCAACAUCUCGGGACAAUAAUGUUUGCCACAUGGAUAUCACAGAAAAAGGAGGUGAUGAAGUAGAUCUUGAAGGAAUCAACCUGGAUGCUACAGGUUAUAUGAGUGAUGGAGAUGUCCUUGGGAAAAAUAUAAGGACUGAUGAUGUUACAAGCGGGUACAUGACUGAUGGUGGAUUGGGCCUUUAUACACGAAGAUUAAACAGACUUCCUGAUGGGAUGGCUGCUGUGAGGGAAACUUUACAACGCAACACCUCACUGGGUCUUGGUGAUGCAGACAGCUGGGAUGACAGCAGUUCCGUCAGCAGUGGUAUCAGUGAUACCAUAGAUAACCUCAGCACUGAUGACAUUAAUACAAGCUCCUCCAUCAGCUCUUAUGCCAACACCCCUGCAUCGUCACGGAAGAACCUAGAAUCCCAGACCGACACUGAAAAGCAUUUCCAAGUGGAGCGGAAUUCCUUGUGGUCUGGUGAUGAAAUAAAAAAAUCAGAUGGAGGCUCAGACAGUGGUGUAAAAAUGGAGCCUGGAUCUAAAUGGAGAAGGAAUCCCUCUGAUGUGUCUGAUGAAUCCGAUAAAAGCACUUCUGGAAGGAAGAACAUCGUCAUUUCACAGACAGGAUCCUGGAGACGGGGCAUGUCGGCUCAAGUUGGUAUUACCACACCGAGGAUGAAAACGGCAGCCACCUCAGGAACUUUGAAGACAGCUGGAACAGGGAAAACCGAUGAUGCCAAGGUUUCAGAAAAGGGCAGAAUUUCUCCCAAAUCUGGAAACAUUAAACGUUCCCCUUCAGAUGCUGGGAGGAGCAGUGGGGAUGAAUCAAAAAAGUCUUCCGCCAAUAACUGUAGAACGGCUACGACUAAUACAAACAUGUUUGGAUUUAAAAAGCAGAGUGGGUCAGCUGUAGGUGUGACCAUGAUUACAGCUAGUGGAGCAACUAUUACUAGUAGAGCUGCUACUCUGGGCAAAAUACCCAAGUCAUCUGGACUCAUCGGAAGAUCUACUGGCCGGAAGACUAGUGUUGAUGGUUCACAAAAUCAGGAUGACGGCUAUUUAGCCAUUUCUACCCGAACCAAUCUUCAGUAUCGGAGUCUACCCCGCCCCAGCAAAUCCAGCAGCAGAAGUGGAGCUGGCAAUAGAUCUAGCACCAGCAGCAUAGACUCCAACAUAAGCAGCAAGUCUGCAGGUUUGCCUGUUCCUAAAAUAAGAGAACCAACAAAAGUUGCCCUUGGGAGCUCUCUGCCAGGAUUAAUAAAUCAGACUGAUAAAGAGAAAGGGAUAUCCUCAGAUAAUGAAAGUGUGGUCUCUUGUAACUCUGUUAAAGCAAAUCCAUCACCUCAGACAAUGUCCAGUGCAUCCCAGAAUACUCACCAGCAAGGAGUAAAGUACCCAGACGUGGCCUCUCCUACACUGCGCAGACUUUUUGGUGGAAAGCCAAAUAAACAACCUCCCAUAACAACAGCAGAAAGCAUGAAAAAUUCAGUAGUCAUCUCCAACCCACAUGCAACCAUGAACCAACAAGGAAAUCCAGAAUCUCCUUCUGGCAGCGGCAUAUUGAGCAGUGGUGGUAGUAGCCCUCUUUAUUGUAAAAAUACAGACACAAAUCAAUCUCCAUUGGCAUCUAGUCCCAGUUCAGCUCACUCGGCUCCCUCCAACAGCUUGACCUGGGGUACUAACCCCAGUAGUUCUUCUGCUGUCAGCAAGGAUGGGAUUGGAUACCAGUCUGUCAGCAGCCUGCACACCAGUUGUGAAUCCAUUGAUAUUUCUCUCAGCAGUGGAAGUGGGCUGAACCACAAUUCUUCCAGUGGCUUGAUUGCAGCUCCUAAGGAUGACUCAGUGCCUCCCUUUGUUAGAACCAACAGCGUUAAGACAAACUUGUCAGAAAGCGACCCACAUCUUGAUAGGAACACUUUGCCUAAGAAAGGACUCAGGUAUACACCAUCAUCACAACUUCGCAAUCAAGAGGAUGCAAAAGAAUGGCUGCGUUCACAUUCUGCUGGAGGUCUUCAGGACACUGUUGUCAAUUCUCCAUUUUCUUCUGGUUCCAGCAUCACAUCACCAUCUGGGACUAGAUUUAACUUCUCCCAGCUUGCGAGUCCCACCACAGCAGCCCAAAUGAGCUUAUCCAACCCAACCAUGCUCCGGACGCACAGUCUUUCUAACGCAGAUGGCCCUUACGAUCCUUACAAUGAGUCCCGGUUCCGGAACAGCUCAAUGUCACUGGAUGAAAAGAGCAGGACAAUGAGCCGUUCUGGGUCAUUCCGGGAUGGAUUUGAAGAGGUGCAUGGUUCAUCUCUAUCUUUGGUGUCAAGCACAUCAUCUAUUUACUCAACGCCCGAAGAAAAAUGUCAGUCAGAGAUUCGCAAGCUAAGGAGGGAGUUGGAUGCAUCGCAAGAGAAAGUUUCAGCUCUGACAACUCAACUGACUGCCAACGCUCACCUCGUGGCAGCAUUCGAGCAGAGCCUAGGAAACAUGACCAUUAGAUUGCAAAGUCUUACCAUGACUGCAGAACAGAAGGAUUCUGAAUUGAAUGAGUUAAGGAAAACAAUUGAAUUACUGAAAAAACAAAAUGCUGCUGCUCAGGCUGCCAUUAAUGGAGUAAUUAACACACCUGAGCUCACCUGCAAAGGAAGUGGUGGAACUGCCCAGACUACUGACUUGAGGAUCAGAAGACAACACUCUUCAGACAGCGUCUCUAGUAUUAACAGUGCUACUAGUCAUUCCAGUGUGGGAAGCAAUAUAGAAUGUGACUCAAAGAAAAAGAAGAGAAAAAACUGGGUCAAUGAGUUACGCAGUUCUUUCAAGCAAGCUUUUGGGAAAAAGAAGUCCCCCAAAUCGGCAUCUUCUCAUUCCGACAUUGAGGAGAUGACAGAUUACUCAUUGCCUUCUUCGCCAAAAUUACCACACAAUGGUACAGUGGUAUCUACGCCAUUACUCAGAACUUCACAUUCCAAUUCCCUAAUUUCAGAAUGCAUUGACAGUGAAGCUGAAACAGUUAUGCAGCUGCGGAAUGAGCUGAGAGACAAGGAGAUGAAGUUGACUGAUAUCCGUUUAGAGGCCCUCAGCUCUGCUCAUCAACUGGAUCAGCUCCGAGAAGCUAUGAACAGGAUGCAGAGUGAGAUUGAGAAAUUGAAAGCUGAAAAUGACCAAUUGAAAUCUGAAAACCAAGGCACCUGUAGCAGGGUUCAAUCUCAAGUUUUCCCUUCCUCAUCUCCAAGGCAGUCGAUGGGUCUCUCACAACACAGUCUUAACCUCACAGAGUCAGCAAGCCUUGAUAUGAUGCUUGAUGACCCCAGUGAUGGUUCUUCUCGGAAAGAAGGUGGCAGGCAUGUUAAAAUAGUUGUCAACUUUCAGGAGGAAGAGAAAUGGAAAGAAGAUUCUAGGCCUCGUUUAUUCCUUAUUGGCUGCAUAGGAGUCAGUGGAAAAACCAAAUGGGAUGUUCUUGAUGGCGUUGUUAGAAGACUAUUUAAGGAAUACAUCAUUCAUGUUGAUCCUGUGAGUCAACUUGGGCUAAAUUCGGACAGUGUCCUGGGGUACAGCAUUGGGGAAAUUGUUCGCACAAAUAGCACAGAAACACCUGAGCUGCUACCCUGUGGCUAUCUGGUUGGUGAAAACAACACCAUCUCUGUGAAAAUCAAAGGUAUUGUAGAAAAUAGUUUGGAUGGUCUGGUGUUUGAGUCUCUAAUCCCAAAGCCAAUUCUACAACGUUACGUGUCACUUCUGAUAGAACAUCGGAGAAUUAUUUUAUCUGGUCCAAGUGGCACUGGAAAAACAUACUUAGCCAAUCGUCUGUCUGAAUAUAUGGUGCUUAGAGAAGGCAGGGAAUUGACUGAUGGUGCUAUUGCAACCUUUAAUGUCGAUCACAAGUCCAGUAAGGAACUCCGGCAAUAUCUAUCCAACCUCGCAGACCAAUGCAGCAGUGAAAAUAAUGCAGUGGAGAUGCCUCUUGUAAUCAUCUUGGACAAUUUACAUCACGUCAGCUCUCUAGGAGAGAUCUUCAAUGGGCUUUUGAACUGCAAGUACCACAAAUGCCCUUACAUCAUUGGAACAAUGAACCAAGCAACUUCCUCAACACCUAACCUUCAGCUGCACCACAACUUUAGAUGGGUACUAUGUGCCAAUCACACUGAGCCAGUCAAGGGCUUUCUUGCCCGAUUCUUGAGAAGAAAACUCAUUGAAACAGAAAUUGGUGGCCGGAUGAGAAAUGCAGAAUUAAUUAAGAUUGUAGACUGGAUUCCCAAGGUUUGGCAACAUCUCAACAAGUUCUUGGAAGCUCACAGUUCUUCAGAUGUUACUAUUGGUCCACGCCUGUUUCUCUCUUGCCCUCUAGAUGUGGAUGGGUCAAGGGUUUGGUUUACUGACCUAUGGAACUACUCCAUUGUUCCCUAUCUUCUUGAGGCUGUCAGAGAAGGGCUACAAUUGUACGGAAGAAGAGCACCAUGGGAGGACCCUGCCAAGUGGGUGAUGGACACUUAUCCAUGGGCAGCUACCCCGCAACAUCACGACUGGCCUCCUUUGCUGCAACUGCGUCCAGAAGAUGUUGGAUUUGAUGGUUAUUCUAUGCCACGGGAAGGUUCAACCAGCAAACAGGUUCCACCAAGUGAUGCUGAAGGAGAUCCUCUGAUGAACAUGCUGAUGAGGUUGCAGGAGGCAGCUAAUUAUUCAAGUCCACAGAGUUAUGACAGUGACUCCAACAGCAAUAGCCAUCACGAUGAUAUCCUUGACUCGUCCCUGGAGUCAACAUUAUGAAUAGAACUAGACAUGAUUGCUUCCAGUGGUCCAUCCUUUGCCUCCCUUAGAAAAAAUGAAUCAUCAAGCCAUGGAGAGAACUGACCUUGGUUCAGAAGUACAUCUCAGUAUUAGAGCUGCAAGAACAAUACAAUCUCUUCCACCCUCUCUGCCUCCCCCAUUCAGUGUCAAAGAUGGGUGCAGGCAACCCAGCUGAUGUUUUAUAUCCUGUGUUUCGUUUCCCUUAAUAAGAACUGCACUAUUUUGUUUUUGUUUUGUUUUGUAGUUUACAUUGCUGUGAGUUCACAUGCCUACGACACUGAACACGUUAUUUUCAUAAAAACAACGGUGCUUAUCUAGUUGUGUCUGUCCAUUGACCAAACAACAUCUGCUUGUGAAGUGGAUUACCAUGAUCUCUGAUUUCCUAAACCUGCUCAAAUAUUUAGAGGGACAUCUGGAGUAAAUUUCGUUACAAGGGUGCAGGGGAGAUGAGCAGAGGAAAAUCUGAAGUGCAAGAGAAUUGUGUUUAAUUCACAUAAGAUUAAUCACAACAACCUCUGGGGAGAGUGAGUUGGAGGCAAUAAAUGAAGAAGAAAAAACAUUCACCAUGAAAAUUAUGAACCUAAGGAGCAUUGUGCCACCUUAGGUCCAAAAAGGGAAUGGAUCUCAGUUAUGCUGCUUCUGUACAAACUCAUCAAUGGCUGAUUUUUUUCAAGUCAUUUUUUUUCCAGCCUAACCUCAAUAAUUCUGGUGCUGUAAUAAAUGCUCGCCUUGGUAAUAAUGACAUUCCGUAAAAGGCAAAGAGAUUAGAAAUAGGGAAGUUUAAAAUAUUCACACAUAUAUAACACAAAACUUGUCUAAUUUGAGACCACGGUCCCUUGUUUUGGUUAUUUCAUUUGUUUAUAUCGUUCCAAGCAUUGGGCUCAGUCCCUUGAGCACACAUACAGUAUGUCAUCUUCAGGGUCGACAAGCUUGUACAUCUUCAUGUACAAGCAGUACAACCACCUCUGAAGUUGCCAUUGUUAAUUAAAGCAACAAUCAUGGACUGUUUUAUCCAUGAUCCAAAGUAUGGGAACAACACAUACAAGAAAAAAACCAAAACAAGCUGUUAGAAUUUAUUUUCAUAUUUGCUUCAGAAUUCUCACUGUUGAAGUGAGAAGUUUCUUCUUAAACCUGGAUAGCAACAUUUCUCUGCAACUAGAAGAUGUGCUUUGUAAAAAGUAAAAAAAAAAAAGUCUGUUUGUCUUUGGAUUCACAACAAUUCAGAGGAUACCAGCCUCAAAUACAUAACAUAUGGGGGUCAUUUCCUCAAAUCAUUUGUUCGGGUUUUGGGGUCAUUUCAUACCUAUACCAAAUGUUCAACAAAACUUGGAAAAGACAGUUGUCUGGAUUGAAAAGAUAAUUCCGUUCUUCUACUGUAUUGUACGUUUUCUUGCUUUUUUUAUCCCAGUAACCUCAUGUUCCAUUGCAAUCUGUUCCUGAAGUUCUAUUCCUCUAAAAUGGCGACCCCUCAAUCUUUUCAGCACCAGGGACCAGUUCUGUGGAUUGGAGGGGGUGUGAUUUCAUUGCUGCCUGCAUCCCAGGGAUAGGACUUUGCCUGUUUGCAUGGCCCGGUUUCUGCCAUGCCGCAACCUGAUGCUGGUCCACAGACCGGGUGUUGGGGACUCCUGCUAUAAAUAGCUUGCUGUGAGAUAUGGGGAAGCUUCCAUUUUAUUGACUAGUGUAAAGUCUCCGGGUUAAUGGUAUUCAGCUGUUCUAAUGAUUGGAAAUGGUAUCUGUUUUCACUUCCUUUCUGCACAAGGGGUACAUGAGGAUCACACCUAAUGGCUACCCACCUAACAUGCGUAGUCGUCCUUGACCUCCCUCCCUAAUGUUUUUAUAUCAGAAAUUAUCUCUGGAGGUCCUUUUGUCAGCAAUAACACUGAAUGCAGAGGCAUUAGCAUGGAUCCAGGGAGAAGCGAUAACUUGGAGAAAGCAGCUAGGAAGUAUAUACAGCAUAUAUACUUGAAUGGAAAGUGUGGUGCCUCUUAAAAAUUUGGUAUUAUGCUUUUCUAAACUACAACAUUAUAUUUUUCGAGGGGGUCACCCAGAAUCAAGGCAAUCUUUGCUUUUCCCUCUUCCGGGAGGAAAAAGAGAAACUCAAAUCUCCUUGCCUCACAACUUCUCUAAGGCUUGUGUAGGAAUCUGUUAUUAGAAAGAAUAGCAUGCACGGUGCUAGAGGUGGAGCAGAAUAAUACACCAAGAGGGGCUUGGCAGAUCCAUUGUAUCCUAAGCCAUCCAAGUUCCCAGGACCCCAAGUUAACCGCCUCAAAUUGGCUGUCAGUUGACCUGCAGUUCAGGAACCAGUUUGGAUUUAUUUCUUUGUAUUGGUUUCAGUCAAACAGCUUUUAUAAAAUGGUGGUGGGGGAGCUGCCAGCAGGGGAGAAAGAGUAGGGAAAUGGUUCCUCUAAUUUGAGCACUCAGCAAGGCUGAAAACAGUGCCUUAGGUUCAAAUUUCAAAGCUCCCUGAAAAGGAGGACUCUUUUGCCAGUUCCUUAGGGUAGGGCAAGACAUUAGUAUUUCUUCAGAAUCAACUUGUAUGAAGAUACGGAUAAAUAUCUUUGUGUCAGGGUCGUCACAUGUGAAUUUAUGGAUAAAUAAUUAACUUCAACCAUCUGUUGCAAAACUUGAACAUUGAUGAAUCUCUCACAAUAAUAAAGAGCCACUUUUUUAAAAAAGAAAAGAAAAGAAAAAUACUCCAUUUUACUUAACAAAGUCUUAAGUAAGGGAAAGUUAUUUCCAUAGUUUUUUUGGAUUUUGGUUUUAAACCAAGAACCAAGCAGAGAACAUGACUCUGAGCCCUCCUUAUUUUCUUCAUCUCAGAAGAAAACUGGGGAGUGAGGUUAAAAAACCUGUUUGGUGCUUUUGCCAGACAGAGAGAAGGUUCACAAAAAUUUUGGACACCAACUGGUGUCAUUUAAAAAACAACACAAUAGCUGAUAUUAUCAGCUGUCUCAGGCUAUACCUCAAACUAGAACCGAGGUUCUCAACAACAACAACAACAACAACACACACACACACACACACACACAUACACAUGCAAGCCUUUUCAGCUACCUUUGGGUGCUGAUUUUUUUAAAAGUGAUGCCUUACCGAGUUUCUACAGUUGUAUUUUAAUUCCAUUAGUGUUGUAGUUUGUGAUUUUUAAAUAAUUAGACAAAACAGGGCUAUAGAAGUCAUCUCUUGGAGUACAAUGAUGUGCGUUGCUGUGGGUAUUGUUUGAAAUGAGAUAUUUGAUACCCCUAGUUCCUAAAA